AUGGAUGGUUUAAUUUUAAAUACGGAAGACUUAUAUACGAUAGGGUUUCAAAAAGUAGCAUCACGUUUUGGAAAAGAAUUUACAUUUGCUUUGAAAUGUAAAAUAAUGGGUCAAAAAAGUGAGGAAUUUGCCGCUUCUAUUAUCGAAGACCUUGACCUACCACUCACAGUCGAGGAAUUUUUAACGGAAACUAGAUUAGUUUUUCAAGAAUUGUUUCCAGAAUCGAAAAUAAUGCCUGGAGUAGAAAAACUUAUUCGACAUUUACACCAGCACAAGGUUCCUAUUGGCUUAGCCACUAGCAGUAGUAAAGUUAAUUACGAUUUGAAAGUACAAAAACACACUCAAUUAUUUGAUUUACUAGAGUAUAAAACUUGGGGCUCUUCUGACCCUUUGGUGAAAAGAGGCAAACCUUACCCAGAUAUAUUUCAGAUAGCUGCUGCCAAGUUUCCCGACAAUCCAGCUCCAGAAAAGGUUUUAGUAUUCGAGGAUUCGAUAAAUGGCGUAAGAGCUGCCCAUUCAGCUGGUAUGCAAGUCGUGAUGGUUCCCGAUCCGCGUUUAGAUCGCACGCUAGCGCCCGAAGCGACGCUUAUAUUGAAUUCAAUGGAAGACUUUCAGCCUGAACUGUUCGGUUUACCGUCGUUCUCAAAUGUUUCACCUAUAUCUACAAUAUAG